AUGCCGGAGAAGGUGGGCAGCCAUUGGCCCGCCUCAGUAUCACAAGGCGCGCCUGAGGCCGCGCCUUCCAUGCGACGCCGACAGCUCUGCGGUCGAAAUUUGAUGAUUUUGCUUGUGGUAGCCGCAGCGUUUUGUGUUGCUUUAUUCCGGGCAUCUGGCCUCGCGACAACGGCUGUACUAUCAACCUCCGCAGCCUAUGCCUCGCUGUAUGGCGGAUCUGACAAUGUGGUUAGGCCCGGUAACAAAUGGGCAGCGGAAAGUUUGCCAAAAGGCGACUGGCCCAAGGACCAGUAUCUCCUUGGGGUUGGCAAAGCAGAUAUUACUGGACCAGUGGUGGAAAUCAACUUGAUGGGUUAUGCCGAUUUUGCUCAAAUUGGGAGAGGUCUGCGGCAACGACUGUAUUCGCGAGCUUUCAUCGUCGGAGACAUGAAUAAUCCGGAAGACAGGUUUGUCUACCUCGUUCUGGAUAUCCAGUCUGGAGAUACUGCUGUUCGAUAUGGCAUCCUCCGCGGAUUACAAGCACUGGGACCGCGGUAUUCCAUGUACGGCCAGGACAAUGUGGCUGUAACGGCAACCCAUUCUCAUUCUGGCCCAGGGGCAUGGCUGAAUUACCUCCUCCCUCAGAUCCCGAGUAUGGGAUUCGACCAACAGAGCUAUCGGGCUAUUGUCGAAGGGUGUAUCCUGUCCAUUCGACGUGCACACGAGAGCCUCGCGCCGGGACAUCUUAGCGUGGGCCAAACCAAGAUUAUGAAUGCGAAUAUUAAUCGCAGUUUAUUUGCCUACCUCGCCAAUCCUGAAGAGGAAAGGGCGAAAUACAACAUCAGCUCAGAAGAUGACGGCUCGGUUGAAAAGGACAUGACCUUACUCAAGUUCCAGCGAGCGUCAGAUAAGAAGAGCAUUGGCGUGCUCACCUGGUUUCCGACACAUGGAACGUCUAUGCAGGCCAAUAACACGCUUAUCACCGGCGAUAAUAAGGGACUUGCGGCAGACAUGUUUGAAAAACAAGUAAUGGGCCACGGCCGAGAAGCUGACGGGUUCGUGGCCGGCUUCUCCCAAGCAAACAUGGGGGACGCAAGUCCGAACAUUCUGGGCGCUUGGUGUGAAGAUGGAUCUGGUCAGCAGUGUGAUUUCAAGACAAGUGCUUGCAGCGACGGAAAGAGCAACCGGUGUCGUGCAAGGGGUCCCAAGUUUGGCAGGAACGACUAUGGAGCCGCCUCUUGCUUCGAGAUUGCUCGGUUGCAACAUGAAGGCGCAAUGAACAUUUACAACACCUUGAGUGACCAGAAACCAAAUAUCCGAGGAACAGGCGUCAAGGCUAUCCACAGAUUCCACGACAUGUCAUUUUACAAGUUCAAACUACCCAACGGAACGGAGGCACAGACUUGCCCUGCAGCCCUUGGCUAUGGUUUCGGAGCAGGAACAUGGGACGAGCCUGGUGCUUAUGAUAUUUUGCAACAUGCUAGCAAUGCUUCGAAUGCGCGUUUCAUAUGGAGAUUCAUUACUUGGCUCCUCAAAUCACCAACCAAGGAGCAGGUCGCUUGUCAACAUCCGAAAUCCAUUAUCCUGGACGUAGGUGAGGUUAGUCGACCGUACGCCUGGACGCCAAAUGUGGUUGACAUCCAAACGUUCAGAGUGGGACAGCUUUUCAUAAUUGUAAGUCCUGGCGAAGCAACGACGAUGGCUGGGCGGAGAUGGAAGGAGGCUGUGGCAAAGGAGAGCACUCAGGCUUUAUCCAACGAGCUGGAUGGACAGGAUCCGGUUGUUGUACUUGGCGCACCUAGCAACAGUUACACUCAUUACAUUUCAACGCAGGAGGAAUAUGGUAUUCAACGGUAUGAAGGUGCCUCUACGCUAUAUGGGCCGCAUACACUCGCUGCGUACAUAGAACGCACAAGAGCGUCCAUGAAGUACCUCAAAGCCAAUAGCCCCACGCGAGAGCAUCGGGUAAAGAAUAAGUACCCUCCAGACAAUAGCGGGCGAUCUAUCAGCUUCAUAAUCGGCGUGCUAUUUGACAGGACCCCGAUGUCCAAGAAGUUUGGAGACAUAGUGUCCGAUGUAUCCAAUGCCAAGUAUACAAGGGGCGAGAAGGUGUCGGCGUCUUUCGUGGGAGCCAAUCCUCGAAAUAACCUACGCCUUGAACAAACGUACGCGGCUGUCGAGUAUCGGCCGUCGGCGAGUUCAGCUUGGCGGCAAGUUCGAGAUGAUUCAGACUGGGCACUGAGUUUCCACUGGCGGAGAACCAGUAAACUGCUCGGUCUAAGCGAAGUUGAUAUUGAUUGGGAAAUCGAACAGGAUGCCCCCGCAGGAGAAUAUAGACUACGGUACUAUGGAGAUUCGAAGUCGAUUCGGGGAAAGCUGUCGACAAUUGAGGGAGUGAGCUCUGCAUUUAGCGUCGUGUGA